ACUGUGUGCGCAGACUGGUCACGUGUCGAGCUGGCGUUGCUGGGCGCUGCUGCGGGACGCAGGUCCUGGGUCCGCUGAGUGGCGGGCUCUCUUCCGGAAGGCUUCCAGGCUGGCGAGCGGUCCCUCCCCCUCUGUGAGGCCGCCAUGGACCUGACUUUAAGCCGGGCUGAUUAUCUCCAGGUUGGAGUGACCUCUCAGAAGACGAUGAAGUUGCUUCCUGCCUCAAGACAAAGAACUAUACAAAAGGCAGUUGUUGGAGAUCAAGAUGGGGUAGUGAUGUGUUUCGGCAUGAAGAAGGGAGAGGUGGUGCCAGUGUUCAAGACUUUACCAGGGCAGAAGAUCUCAAGGCUGGAGCUGGGAGGGGUUCUCAACACACCCCAGGAGAAAAUCUUCCUUGCUGCAGGGUCUGAGAUUAGAGGCUUCACAAAGAGAGGAAAACAGUUUCUCUCCUUUGAAACAAACCUCACGGAAAGCAUUAAAGCUAUGUACAUCUCCGGCUCGGACCUCUUUCUCAGUGCGAGCUACAUCUAUAGUCAUUACUGUGACUGCAAAGACCAACAUUAUUACCUUUCUGGGGACAAAAUCAAUGAUGUCAUCUGCCUUCCUGUGGAAAGGUUAUCUCGCAUGACACCAGUGUUGGCCUGCCAGGACAGGGUGCUCCGAGUUUUACAGGGAUCUGAUGUGAUAUAUGAAAUUGAAGUUCCUGGUCCACCCACUGUCUUGGCACUACAUAAUGGAGAUGGCGGUGACUCUGGAGAAGGCCUUCUGUUUGGUACAUCAGAUGGAAAGCUUGGGCUUAUUCAGAUCACCACAUCCAAGCCCAUACACAAAUGGGAAAUUCGAAAUGACAAAAAGCGGGGAGGUAUCUUGUGUAUUGACAGCUUUGAUAUCAUGGGUGAUGGGGUUAAAGAUUUACUUGUUGGGAGAGAUGAUGGAGUGGUGGAAGUGUAUAGUUUUGAGAAUGCAAAUGAGCCCGUGCUACGAUAUGAUCAGAUGUUGUCUGAAAGCAUUACAUCGAUCCAGGGUGGCUGUGUAGGGAAAGAUGGUUAUGAUGAAAUUGUGCUGGCCACGUAUUCAGGCUGGAUUACAGGGCUGACAACGGAGCCCACUCAUAAGGAAAGUGGGCCAGGAGAAGAGCUAAAGCUCCACCAGGAAAUGCAGAAUAAAAUUUCCUCCUUACGGAGUGAGUUAGAACAUCUGCAGUUUAAGGUACUGCAGGAAAGAGAAAACUACCAACAGUCUUCACAGUCAAGCAAAGCGAAGUCAACAGUUCCUUCAUUUAGUAUAAAUGACAAGUUCACAUUGAAUAAAGAUGAUGCUAGCUACAGCCUUGUCUUAGAGGUGCAGACUGCAAUAGAUAACGUCUUAAUACAGAGUGAUGUCCCAAUUGAUCUACUUGAUGUGGAUAAGAAUUCUGCUGUCGUGAGCUUUAGCAGUUGUGACACAGAGUCAAACGACAACUUUCUUCUUGCCACUUAUCGGUGCCAGGCAAAUACCACCAGGCUGGAGCUCAAGAUUCGAUCAAUUGAAGGCCAGUAUGGCACACUUCAGGCAUAUGUGACUCCGAGAAUUCAACCAAAAACCUGUCAGGUUCGCCAGUACCACAUCAGACCGCUCUCACUCCAUCAGAGAACUCACUUUAUUGACCAUGACAGACCCAUGAAUACAUUAACUCUAAUAGGCCAGUUCAGCUUCGCUGAAGUUCACUCCUGGGUGGUGUUCUGCUUGCCUGAAGUUCCGGAAAAGCCUCCAGCAGGAGAAUGUGCAACAUUUUACUUUCAGAAUACCUUUCUGGAUACACAACUUGAGUGCAUAUACAGAAAAGGAGAAGGAGUUUUUAAAUCUGACAACAUUUCUACAAUAUCCAUCCUAAAAGAUGUGCUUUCUAAAGAAGCUACAAAAAGGAAAAUUAACCUCAACAUAUCAUACGAGAUAAAGGAAGUCUCAGUCAAGCAUACCUUAAAGCUAAUCCACCCAAAGCUGGAGUAUCAGUUGCUUCUGGCUAAGAAAGUGCAGUUAAUUGAUGCCUUAAAGGAAUUGCAGGUUCAUGAGGGAAAUACGAACUUUCUGAUUCCAGAAUAUCGCUGUAUUCUAGAAGAGGCAGAUCACCUACAAGAAGAAUACAAAAAGCAGCCUGCACAUCUUGAAAGGCUCUAUGGAUUUGGAAUGGAUUCACACCUCAUUUCUCUUUUACUUGGUGACGUCAUCCUCCUGCAGGUUGUGAAAUACUUGGCUUAGUGCUGUAGACUGUGGCCAGAGAAGUAAGCAGGACUUGCUCAGACCGGAGGGCUCUCCGUGGAUGUCCAGAUGUAACCAAUGGAGCUUUAAAGUGUUCAAGUGAAGAGCGAUAGCUUCUGAGAUUUUCCUAUACUAGUAUCCACGAAACUCCUUUCUAUUAUAUGUUGGGGGCAGAGAAGACUUUCAAGCAACAUAAGUUUUAUUCAUUCACAGGAAAAAAUAUAAAGAUAAUGGGAAAUAGCUGUCUUUUGUUUUCAAAGGAUAGAGUUAUGAAUUUUUCAGAAUAAUUACAUUUUGUUAUGUUUUAUGUACAAUUCUUAAACAUUAAAUGUAAACAUAUAAGGCA